AUGAGGAAUUUUUCAAUAACAUGGACAAAGCGACUAUGCGAAGAGCCAAAUGGAGAUUGUUUGUAUAAAUUGAGAAUAUGUGGAGGAGUAAGCUUUCGGAAAGCUCCUAUGAAUAGAAACUGUCCUUAUUUAUACCAUACUAUUGAUAUAACACCAUCUGAUAUUCCUGAAAAUAUAACCAUUCCAAUAAGGAUACGCUGGCCAGAGACUCCAUGGCAUUUGACUAUCAGUUCAUUAAAGAAUUAUCAUGAUAUCAUAUUCGAGUCAUCAUCAUUUUAUGAAAAACAUACAGCACUGGAUAAUUGGCAGAUGGUUAAUUUGGAAUCGGAGAACGCUUUGAUAAAUUUUCAAUUCAACAUUCAAUGUCAACCUUUUAUGUUCGGACCAUCAUGUGGCACUUAUUGUAACGACAAGCAACCUGAUCCGUUAGGAGGUCAUUUCAAAUGCUCGACAAUAGGAGAUCGUUUGUGUGCUCCAAAUUGGUCAGGCACCGGUUGUAACGAACCUAUUUGUUUUCAAAAAUGUGUUACUGGCCAAGGAAAUUGCUCACAGCCAAACGUAUGCAGUUGCAAUCGAGGAUGGCAAGGGGCAUCAUGUGAGCAAUGUAUUCCAUUCAGAGGCUGUCAACAUGGAUACUGUAACCAGCCUGGAGAAUGUAUUUGUCAUGAGCAUUGGACAGGAACAGCUUGUGACGUUGAAAUAGACUACUGUAGGCAUCAUGCGGGAGUUUGUCUGAAUGGAGGAACAUGCUCGUCUAAUGGAAUGGAGAAUGGAUAUUACUGUAAUUGCACUAACGAUUUCGAUGGGCCUAACUGCGAACAAAAGAAAGACUUAUGUGCUCAGUUUGAUUGUGGUACAGGAUUAUGCGUGAUUGAAGCCGAUCGACCACGUUGCUACUGUCCAGCAAAUACAAUCGGACCGUUCUGCUUAGAAAUUGAAGAAAGAUUUAAAAGUAAUAUUGUGCAAACAUCAGCAACACAGUUUAUCUGGUCUCACACUUUGUCUUCUCUUCUUUCCUUACUAUGCCUCAUAUUUGGUUUAAUCAGCUUGUUAGCAGGUUUUUACUACUUACAUCGUAAGAAGUUUGCGUCGACAGACGAAACAAUCGAAUGCGGAUUAUCAGUUGGCAAGCUGUCUGAUAGUUCAGAUCCACCGCCGAGCUACAGUUUAUUAGAUUUAUCCGAAUCACGAAUAUCACCUGAUUCUAGAAAAUAUCUAUUUCCAUCAACAACAGUUUAA